CAUUACAGAACAGGGUACACCAUCUGCGCUGUUUUGAUUGAAAACCGCCACUGGGACAAGGGUUAGCAGAGGGAAUUGGCAGUGGAUGUAGUUGGCUGGUUUGCUCGCAGUACACUUGCAGCUCAGUGUGGAAACCCAAUAGGAGGGAGCUCUGGGCGCUAUAGUCAGCUGAAGCACGGCGGCUAAAAAUAAUCAUCCUGCACUAUCCUGCGCGCGCGUCCGCUGCUGUCUCCAACCAACUGCGAGCUCUGGGAAUGAAACCCUGCUAACACGACCAGCUCCCAGAUCCAAUCAGGCAGCAUGGCCUUGUCAUUCUGCGGGAACGAUCUCAAUGACUCCUACAGCGUCAACAAGGGAGUCCUGAAUAACGGCUGCUUUGUGGAUGCGCUCAACCUCGUUCCACAUGUCUUCUUACUCUUCAUUACCUUCCCUAUCCUCUUCAUUGGUUGGGGCAGUCAGAGCUCGAAGGUGCAAAUCCACCACAACACCUGGCUGCACUUCCCUGGCCAUAAUCUACGCUGGAUUCUGACCUUCACCUUGCUUUUUGUGCACGUGUGCGAGAUCGCCGAGGGAAUCGUCUCCAACACGGAGAUGAAGUCAAAUCACUUGCACCUUUUUCUACCUGCAUUAAUGGGCUUCAUAGCAGCUACUACAUCAGUGGUCUAUUACCACAAUAUUGAAACCGCCAACUUCCCCAAAUUACUCCUCGCACUGUUCAUCUAUUGGGUGCUGGCGUUCAUCACCAAAAUCAUCAAGCUGUGGAAGUUUGCAGAGGAAGGAGUGGGCAUACAGCAUCUCCGCUUCUGUAUCACGGCUCUGCUUGUGCUGCUGUACGGCCUGCUUAUGGCUGUCGAGAUCAAUGUCAUACGGGUCAGGAAGUAUGUGUUCUUCACUAAUCCACAGCGAGUGAAACCACCGGAGGACCUGCAGGAUCUAGGUGUGCGCUUCCUCCAGCCUUUCGUUAACCUGCUCUCUAAGGCCACAUACUGGUGGAUGAACCCACUGAUCAUGGGUGCUCACAAGAGACCCAUCGAACUGAAGAAGAUCGGCAAGCUGCCCAUCGCCAUGAGGGCUCUGACCAACUACCUGCAUCUGAGGGAUGCUUAUGAAGAGCAGAAGGAGAAUGCAGAGGAGCUGGACAAGACGCCAUCCAUCUGGAGGUCCAUGUACCGCGCAUUUGGUAGGCCCAUCCUUCUCAGCAGCACCUUCCGCUACAUUGCUGACCUCCUGGGCUUUGCCGGACCGCUCUGCAUUUCUGGAAUUGUAGAGAACCUGAACCAGGAGAAUAAGACUGAAGAAUUCAACAUGACAAAGACAGAGGAGCUACCUUUUGGCGUCUACUUUAUGUCCUCCACGGAGUUGUUCAAAAAGGCGUAUGUCUUGGCUGUGCUUCUCUUCCUGGCUCUCGUGCUCCAGCGCACCUUUUUACAAGCCUCCUACUACGUCACUAUAGAAACUGGCAUCAACCUACGUGGAGCACUGUUGGCAAUGAUCUACAACAAGAUCUUGCGUCUCUCCACCUCCAACAUGUCUAUGGGAGAGAUGACCCUGGGACAGAUCAACAACCUGGUGGCAAUAGAGACCAACCAGCUGAUGUGGUUCCUAUUUCUGUGCCCUAACUUGUGGGCAAUGCCUGUGCAGAUCACUAUGGGCGUGAUCCUGCUGUAUUACUUGUUGGGGUCCAGCGCAAUCAUUGGUGCACUGGUCAUUGUGCUGCUGGCCCCCAUUCAGUACCUCAUCGCCACCAAGCUGGCCGACACACAGAAAAGCACACUGGACUACUCAACAGACCGUCUGAAAAAAACCACAGAGAUCCUGAAAGGCAUAAAGCUGCUGAAGCUGUAUGCCUGGGAGAACAUUUUCUGUGAUAGAGUGCUGGAAACCAGGAACAAGGAACUCACCAGCCUCAGGACAUUUGCAUUUUACACGUCCAUGUCCAUCUUUAUGAAUGCAGCCAUCCCCAUUGCUGCUGUGUUAGUGACAUUUGUUACUCACGCAUACAUCAGCGAACCUGAGAACAAGCUGAGUCCAGCCAAGGCAUUCGCCUCUCUGGCUCUCUUCCACAUCCUGGUCACACCACUCUUCCUGCUCUCAACCGUGGUGCGAUUUGCCGUUAAGGCCCUGGUCAGUGUUCAAAAGCUUGGUGAGUUCCUGCAGAGCGAAGAGAUCGGUGAUGACAGCUGGAGAAAUGGAGACAUGAUGGUGGCUUAUGAGCCCUACAAGAAAUCCACUGGGGGUACAAAGGUGAUAAAUAGGAAGCAGCCACUACGUUAUCAGAUGGAUAACUACGAUCAGCCCAUGCGCAGGCAGCUGCGCCCCACUGAGACUGAGGACGUCGCCGUGAAGGUGAACAACGGAUGCUUCACAUGGGGGAGCAACAUGUCAACCCUAUCUGACAUAAACAUCCACAUUCCUUCAGGUCAGCUGACCAUGAUUGUGGGCCAGGUGGGUUGUGGGAAAUCCUCGCUGCUGUUAGCCAUGCUGGGCGAGAUGCAGACUCUCAGUGGGAAAGUCUAUUGGAGCAAUCUUCCUGAUUGUGAGAUGCUCCAUGAUGGCUGCAUAAGCAGCGAGUAUGACACAGAUUUUUCCUACGAAGAACGGAGUAAGAACAGGUACUCUGUGGCAUAUGCAGCUCAGAAGUCUUGGCUGCUAAAUGCUACUGUAGAGGAAAACAUCACAUUUGGUAGUCCUUUCAACAAGCAGAGAUACAAGGCCGUGAUUGAUGCUUGCUCACUGCAGCCAGAUAUUGAUCUCCUUCCCUUUGGGGACCAGACUGAAAUUGGAGAAAGGGGAAUAAAUCUCAGUGGAGGUCAGAGACAGAGGAUCUGUGUGGCUAGAGCUCUGUAUCAGAACACCAACAUUGUUUUCCUGGAUGACCCAUUUUCUGCUCUGGACAUCCAUCUAAGUGACCAUCUCAUGCAGGAAGGCAUUCUCAAGUUCUUGCAGGAUGAUAAGCGCACUAUGGUCCUGGUUACGCACAAACUGCAGUACCUCAUUCAUGCAGACUGGAUCAUAGCAAUGAAGGAUGGCUCUGUGUUGAGAGAGGGAACACUGAAGGACAUCCAGACAAAUGAUGUGGAGCUCUACGAGCACUGGAAAACUCUCAUGAACAGGCAGGACCAGGAGCUGGAGAAGGACACAGAUUUUGAGAGUCAGACUACUCUUGAGAGGAAAACACUGAGAAGAGCCUUCUAUUCAAGAGAAGCCAAGAACCAAAUUGAUGAUGAAGAUGAAGAAGAGCAAGAGGAGGAAGAUGAGGAUGACAACAUGUCCACUACCACCAGCCGCCGUUCAAAAAUCCCGUGGAGGGUUUGCUGGUGUUAUUUGUCCUCCGGCGGUUUUCUCAUGGUUUUCUUGAUGAUCGCCUCCAAGCUGGCCAAGCACUCUGUCAUGGUGGCCAUUGAUUACUGGCUGGCAGCAUGGACCUCCUCAAGCCCAAAUAAUAUCAGUGAUUUCAUUAUCAAUCUGGAUGCCAACGCCACCAACUACACUCAGGAGUACAGGGCCAUGCAAAGUGCAGAGCAUCAAGCCUAUGUGCCAGUGUUUGUUAUUCUCUGUGGAGCAGGAAUAGUCCUCUGUCUUAUCACUUCUCUGACUAUUGAGUUUUUGGGUCUUGCUGCUGCCACUAAUGUGCACCAUAACUUACUCAACAAGAUCAUCCAUGCACCUCUUAGAUUCUUUGACGUUACCCCACUUGGUCAAAUUCUCAACCGUUUCUCUGCAGACACCAACAUUAUUGAUCAGCACAUUCCUCCUACGCUGGAGUCUCUCACUCGAUCCACUCUUCUCUGUCUCUCGGCCAUUGGCAUCAUCGCUUUCGUUACACCAGCUUUCCUUAUUGCCCUGGUGCCCCUCGGAGUGGCCUUCUACUUCAUCCAGAAGUACUUCCGGGUUGCAUCAAAAGAUCUGCAGGACCUAGAUGACUCCACUCAGCUUCCUUUGCUCUGCCAUUUUUCUGAGACUGCAGAAGGCCUCACCACCAUACGAGCGUUCAGGCACGAGACACGCUUCAGGCAGAGAAUGCUGGAGCUGACUGACACCAACAACAUAGCUUACCUCUUCCUCUCUGCUGCCAACCGGUGGCUAGAAGUCAGAACAGAUUAUUUGGGUGCUGUUAUUGUCCUAACAGCUGCAGUAGCUGCCAUCUGGAUGUCGUCUUAUGGAGUCCAGCCUGGUCUGGUUGGACUCGGCCUAACAUAUGCUCUUACAGUGACUAAUUAUCUGAACUGGGUAGUGAGGAACCUGGCAGAUCUGGAGGUUCAGAUGGCAGCAGUGAAGAAGGUUAAUAGCUUCCUGAGCACAGAGUCAGAGAACUACGAGGGUUCCAUAGAUGUCUCCCAGGUUCCAGAGGACUGGCCUCAGCAUGGUGAAAUUAAGAUCCAGGACUUGUGUGUGAGAUAUGACCCCAUACUGAAACCUGUUCUUAAACAUGUCAAUGCUUUCAUCAACCCUGGUGAGAAGGUGGGCAUUUGUGGGAGGACAGGCAGUGGAAAGUCCUCGCUGUCUCUGGCCUUUUUCAAUAUGGUGGACGUUUUUGAAGGAAAGAUCAUUAUUGAUGGCAUUGAUAUCUGUAAGCUGCCACUGCAUACUCUGAGAUCCCGGUUGUCCAUAAUUCUUCAGGAUCCAGUGCUGUUCAGCGGCUCCAUCCGUUUUAACCUGGACCCAGAAUGCACCUGCACUGACGACAGGCUUUGGGAGGCUCUAGAAAUUGCCCAGCUAAAGAAUAUGGUCAAAGCACUCCCAGGAGGACUGGAUGCGGUAGUAACCGAAGGAGGAGAGAACUUCAGCGUGGGCCAGCGGCAACUCUUCUGCCUCGCCAGAGCCUUUGUUCGUAAGAGCAGCAUCCUCAUCAUGGAUGAGGCCACGGCGUCCAUCGACAUGGCCACGGAGAACAUUUUACAGAAGGUUGUGAUGACAGCAUUUGCUGACCGGACUGUUGUCACCAUAGCACACCGGGUUCACACUAUCCUGACGGCUGAUCUUGUGAUCGUGAUGAAGAGAGGGAACAUACUCGAGUACGGGAAACCAGAGGCUCUGAUGGAGCAAGAGGAUGGCAUGUUCGCCUCCUUCGUCAAAGCAGACAUGUAGACGCACUAUCCAUCAGUACACACCUCCACACACACACACACACACACACACACACACACUGCUGACGUACAAGGAAGGAAGGAGUUAUUUCUUAUUUUAUAAACAGGCAGAUUUUCCAGUCUGCCUGUGCCUUUGACCUUUUAGUGGAUUACAUUAUAUAACUGCAGUAUUUGAUCCUUUUGGUUCGUGCUUCUUCUUUUUUACAUUAAGUUAAUGAUAUAUGUGUGUUAAUAUGACAAAUAGCAGCUAUAUUUACUAUAUUAACUGGUACUAACACUGUACGCAGUUGUCAGCACACUUGAGAGCUGACACAACCUGUCUGUCUAAUGUGCAUUGCUGAAUUUUACUCUGGAUAAUGAAGGGAGACUUCUAGCACCACAGAGGCACAAAUUACUAUGCAAAACACAUUUUUUGUAUCAAGACGUUAUAUCCUGUAUCAUUUUCCUGUAACAACCAGGACUUGCUUUAUGGUCUGUUGUAAUGAAUUAAGAAUGUGAAUCAGAACUUGUGCUUCCUGGGGAUGGCCAGACAACAGAAAAUAUUUUAUUUACAAUAUAGAGCUGUAUGUUAGUGAGCCUGAUUGCUGAAACCAAAUUCCAGCUCUAGUUGUAGAUUUGUAUUUCUGUUCACCUCUCUCAUGUUUGUCUUUGCUUUUAUUCUCCCUUGCGUCCAUGUUCCACACGAACAGAAAAUAAUCAAAAACAACCACUGCAUCUUUUCUGACUGCUACUCAUCAAAUGCAAAGCGCACUUGGAGGAGAUCCUGUCUGCCUUCUUCCAUAUACCUGAGUUUUGGCUAAUGCUACUCUCCCUCCCAUACAUACAGGAGGGUCCGUUAUGCUCGUCGGACUCCCCAGGCGAACACUUGCGCCUCUUAAGAGUUACAUAAAAGAUCCCAUCUGUGUAACUCUGGAACAGUUAUCUCUGAACAGGACUCCAUUUAACACCUACUCACAAUGCCAUCCUAACACCUUUAGCCCAGCUGCGUCACACCAAUUCACACCUCUAUACUCCCAACAACUGUCCUGUGACCUUAACCCCAUAAACCUUGGGCAUAGUUUUUUUUUUUUUUCUCAAUUUCUCAUCUUACAGCAUAAUAUUCUGUAAUUACUAUGACAUACUGAGUCACUAUUGCAAAAAAAAAUAGGAAAUGUGUGUAGUUACAAGAGUAAGGAGUCUACGUCUGGACCCCUUGAUAGAUCGUCUUGGGUUUAACAGGUUUUAUGACAUCAUAAGUGUGAAUCACCACAGAGGUUUAAAUGUCAGAGGUUUUCCCACCACUCAGUACAACUGAUAAGCACUGAACUAUCUAAAUGACUAUAACAAGCUGUUCUGCUUUAUUCCCACUAGACAUAAACUUCAGAUUCAACUCUUUCCUAGUGUGUUUUUUGUUUGAUGUUGGAUUUUAAUAUCACUGCUGACAAAACUGAUCUAUCCAAGGGAUCUAUGUAAUAUGAUCCAUUUAACUACCACUGUUUCUCCCCUGAAUUCAAGUGGGGACCACUCUCUACUUUGCUAUGUUAGGCCAAGUGAACUUUUAUAGCUCUUCUCUGGAUCCGUUUACAGCCAGCCGAGUUUUUAUAGAGCAGUGUUUCUUCUUCUUAAAGCAAAUCACACCUCCUCCUUUGGCUGUAAUAUUUAUCGUACAGUGGUACUGUAUGCCAAAAGUCUGCCAAGACACUGAACCCUCACUGCGUCCAAUCAUAGCAUACACACUUGAUGAGAUGAAUACUGCUUUCACCAAGGACGUUAGCCUUACUCAUGAGUAUUUAUAUGUAUUUUCAUAUGAUGCACCAUGUCGUGCAGAAUCACUCAGUGGUAUGCAAUAUUUCUUACAAGCAUUUUGUGCUGAAUUGUCUUAAAUGUACAUAUGUAAUUACUUUUAGCAGCAUAAACAUUUAACAUUAUACUGUGUGCCUACUUGUUUUUUACAAUUGAAUAAAAGCUGCAGUGAGGUCAUUGUAUAA